CUAUCAGAAACUACUCAUGCUAAGAAGCUAAAAUUUUGUAGUGUAGUUGUUUUUGUCUAGAUUAGUCUUUCUGUGUUAAAGAAGCUGAAAUUGUUGGAAGAGGGUCGAAAAUGAAACAUACUUCUUGUUAAGGCACUGCAGUGUAUUUUUAAUAUUUUAUUUAUUUAUUUAUUUACAGUAAAUCGAAGAAUUUCAUUGAAACAGUUUUCUUGCAUUUUCGGGUAUGUUAGUGCGAAAACUGCUCAUCAUCCUCUGGAUGAUGGGACACCAAACCUUAGCAUUGUAUGUCCCACAAGAUGUCGAAAUACUCGAAGGAUAUGACUUUGAAGAAUCACCUGAAUACUAUCAAUCAGAUAGUGCGUACUAUGAAGCACGAAGUCUAGCAGCAGCCGGCGGAAAUCUUGGCCAAUCGAAAUCAAUUCGUAAUCGACGUUCAACUGCAGCAUAUGAUGCAGCAAAAGUUUCUACGAGUAGUAAAUCAAAGAAAAAAGACAUUGAACAAAAUGUUGAUAGUGAAAAAAUCGAAGUAAUUGACAAAACCAAUUCUGCUGCAGGACAUCAUCCAUUACCUAAAGCUGAAAAGCAAGUUAUGGAACCUAAUUAUUAUCGAAAAGAUUCAUGGAAUGAUUACUCGUGGAAUAUUAAACGUGACGAUGAUGAUUCAAUUUCGGAUGCUACCAAUGAUGGUUUCAGAAGACGACAACCACGAGUUAAUUUUGUAACUCAACCCAAAAAAGUUGAUAUCGAUCCGAAAGAUCGAACUAUUGUAAAAGUUUCUCCGCCACAAUUGAAACCACAUUAUGAUGACUAUGAACCAUAUAAAUACGAAAUGUACCCAUCGAGGUCAUAUGAUCAAUACCUUCGACGUUAUGAUAGAUACGAUGACCAAUACGAUCGUGAUCCAUAUAAUUACGAAGAACACUAUUUAUUCCGUCGUCAUUAUGAUCCUUACGAUAGUUACAGUCCUCGUGUACCAAACUACCCAGAAGCUUACUAUAACUAUCCCGAUAGAAGAUUCGAUGUCCCAGAACCACGCGAAUACGGAUCACUUUAUAAUAACGAAAUCUAUGAUCGUCCAAGUUAUGAUAACCAUCGCAAUAGGCGUAUUGUUUACUAUGCUCAUUUACCAGAAAUAGUUCGAACUCCACCUGGUGGUGAUUAUAGCAAUCAUUACGAUAGGGGGCGUUUUGAUAGUAGAAGAAACUCUGAAGUUUCUGUACCAAUAGCUUAUAAGGUAGCUAAAGAGUCUGACCCACAAGAUGCAUAUGGAUUUGUUAAGCGUGAGAAGAAGGAUCAUAGAAAUUCUGCAACAGUUGCGCCAAGUAAAUCGCCAAGAGAGUAGUAGGAAUAGUAAUUUGGUUUGUCCUAAAGAUGUUUAAUUCUAU